AUGCUAUUAUACGGUAACUGCUGUUGGGACAAUAUUUUGGUGUUGUGCGUUAAUGAUGAAUUAGAUGCGUCAUUGACACACUCCCAUACCUUGUUUCUGGAUAUGGUGCAUUGGCUGGUGGUGCUAUUAUACUGUAACUGCUGUUGGGACAAUAUUUUGGUGAUGUUCGUUGAUGAUGAAUUCAAUCCGUCAUUGGUAUAUAGGCUUGUAACAUUAGACAUUCCCAUAACUUGUUUAUGGAUGUGCUGCAUUUGGCUUGAGUUGAUGGUUUUUAGAUGGUUGCCCGGCUUUGUUCUCGAGAUUUUUGGAACAUGUUGA